AUGAUGGAUGUAGUCAAACCCGAUAGCGUUCUCAUCGGAAUGAGAAACAAGAUUACAAUGCAAGGUGGCGUGCAAAAACCGGCUGAUAAUGCAAAUCUUCAGGCCUGCUACGAUUGCGUAUGCAAAUGUAAUCCUUGGACCCAGUAUAGCUCCCUGAAGUAUCCCAAAAUUAAUGGGAUUAGACUUCAGCAUAUGUGUGAAUCAACCUCUUAG